AGAGCAAUUAUCACCAAGCCUGAAAGUAUUGUGAGGGCUCAGCUGACAGCUUCCUGAGGUGCCAAGGGAAUGAGGCUAGAGGAAGGCAUGAAUGUUCUCCAUGACUUUGGAAUCCAGUCAACACGCUACCUCCAAAUGAAUUACCAGAACUCCCAGGACUGGUUUAUCUUGGUGACCGUGAUCGCAGACCUCAGGAAUGCCUUCUAUGUCCUCUUCCCCAUCUGGUUCCAUCUUCGAGAAGCUGUGGGCGUCAAACUUCUCUGGGUAGCUGUGAUUGGAGACUGGCUCAACCUCGUCUUUAAGUGGAUUCUCUUUGGACAGCGCCCAUACUGGUGGGUCUUGGACACUGACUACUACAGCAACAGCUCCGUGCCCCUGAUAAAGCAAUUCCCUGUCACCUGUGAAACUGGGCCAGGGAGUCCCUCCGGCCAUGCCAUGGGUACAGCAGGUGUAUACUAUGUGAUGGUCACAUCCACCCUCUCUAUCUUUCGGGGAAAGAAAAAAACAACCUACAGAUUUCGGUGCUUGAAUGUCAUUUUGUGGUUGGGAUUCUGGGCCGUGCAGCUAAACGUCUGUCUGUCUCGAAUCUACCUUGCUGCUCAUUUCCCUCAUCAGGUGGUUGCUGGAGUCUUAUCAGGCAUUGCCGUUGCUGAAAUUUUCUGCCACAUCCAGAGCAUCUACAAAGCCAGUCUCAAGAAAUAUUCUCUCAUUACCUUCUUCCUGUUCAGCUUUGCCAUUGGAUUUUACUUGCUGCUAAAGGGGCUGGGUGUAGACCUCCUAUGGACUCUGGAGAAAGCCAAGAGAUGGUGUGAACAGCCAGAAUGGGUCCUAAUCGACAGUACGCCCUUUGCCAGCCUCUUCAGGAACAUGGGGACACUCUUUGGCCUGGGGCUGGCUCUCAACUCCAGUAUGUACAAGGAGAGCUGUAAGGGCAAACUCAGCAAGUGGCUCCCCUUUCGCCUUAGCUGCAUCCUAACCUCCUUGGUUUUUCUGCACCUCUUUGACUCUUUGAAACCCCCAUCCCAAAUUGAGCUCAUCUUCUAUGCCCUGUCCUUCUGCAAGAGUGCAGCAGUGCCCCUGGCAUCUGCCAGUCUCAUCCCAUACUGCCUCAUCUGGGUCCUGGGCCAGCCAGACAAGAAGUCCUUGUAAGGGAUGUGGAGUCUUCAGUAUUUAAAGUCA